AUGGCCCCCACCGAGCAGUUGACGUUCUAUACCGCCGCCUACUCUCCGUACUCCCAGAGGGUGCACAUCGCCCUCGAGGAGGCAGGCGUAAAGUACACCAUGUGGGAGUUUGAGACCAGGGGUCCGGGCAGUAAACCUGAGUGGUACUACCAGAUCAAUCCCUUGGGGAAGAUCCCCGCACUUACCUUCGGAGGACCCGAAGUGCCGCCAGACCAGCCCUCUCCCGAGUCCGCGAAGCUCGCCGAGUCGAUGGCGAUCCUCGAGUUCCUCGCCGACAUCUUCCCCGACGCGCCCCUCCUGCCCGCAGACCCGCUCCUCCGCGCCAAGGCGCGCACCUUCACCGAGAUCUUCCGCAACUACGUCUCCGACGAGUUCCGCGGCGCCUUCUUCCUCGGCAAGCCCGUCGCAGGCGUCCUGCAGGCGCUCGAGAAGCUGCAGGCCGCGCUGCCUCAGACUGGCUUUGCCGCGGGCGAAUGGUCGAUCGCGGAGGCCGCGGUCGCGCCAUUCAUCACGCGCCUCUUCCUCUUUGUGCGCGUAGGCCUUGGGUCGUACACGGAGGAGAACUGGCUGAUGCUGCGGGAUGCAUUGGAGGGCGAGCGGUUCGCGCGUAUCAGGAAGUACGUGCAGGACAUUCACGAGCGGCCAAGUUUCAAGAAGACGUGGGGCGACGACGCCAGGCAAGUCGAACUCUGGAAGAAUCAUCCGGGUCUCCGCCGCAGAGCUGAGCCGAUUGCGCAGCCGCCGGCGUGAAGGAAGACUCCUUUUCAGUGUACGAGUACUAGAAGUACUUCACCUUGACUCGAUUCAUACAUUCAU